AGUAACCCAAUCGUUUGCUGCCAAAUUAUAUUCUACCCAGUCCUCACUUUGAUUCCAAAAUCCAACCUUGAACGAUACGAAAAAAAAAAAAAAUUAAUUUUCUCUCCCUUUCUGAUAUUAAAAUGCAGAAUACAACUAUGCAGUCGAUAAAACUUAAAACUUUGGAUAAUAUUACCUUUGAUGUGAGUCCAGCUACCGUGAAAUGUUCAAGCACCAUACAAGAAAUGCUUUUGGAGUGCGAAGUGGAGAAUGGAGCUGCCAUCAUCUCGUUGCCCGAUGUCCAUUCGACGACUUUGGCCAAAAUUCUCAUUUGGGCCGAACACCACAAGGAUGAACCAGUACCUGUACGUCGAGAGGAGAUGGGAGACAAUACUUUGACUCUGAGUCCAUGGGAUAUUGAAUAUUUCAAAAUGGAUUUGACUCUACUUUUUGAUCUAAUGAACGCUGCCGAGAAUUUAGAUAUAGAAGGAAUUGUACAUGGUAGCUGUAAGACUGUAGCGGAUUUAAUCAAGGGGAAAACCACUGCAGAGAUGCGUGAAAUAUUCAAUAUACGUUGCGAUUUACCAGGACCCAACGACUACAACAACAACAACAACAACAACAACAACAACAACGCCAACAAUUGAU